AUGCCUCGUCCACGACGCACGGCGACGAAAAGAACCCGGCUAACGGAGCACGUUGACGACGCUAACGCGAGCGACUUGGAGCCUGAGACGCGCCCCAAGCCGACGAAACGCGCUCGACGCGGCAAGAAAUCGAGAGCCGGUCUGGAAAAACUCGUCGACAUGCCUCUCGACUUCAUUUACCUACUAGUGUGCAAGCUGCAUCCACUCGAUGUCCUCCAUAUGGCCAGGACAUGCAGGAACUUACGCGGAUUCUUCAUGAGCCGGAACUCCGAACGGUUUUGGCAGGCCGCUGCUAAGAAUGUUGAAGAUCUGCCGCAGCCACCCGAAGGGUUGAGUUGGCCUGCCUAUGUAGCUUUCAUGUUCUCCACAGUUUGCCAUAACUGCGGCAAGGGUGGUUGCGACGCCAUGUUCUGGGAUUGUCUGGUUCGCUACUGCAGCAGAUGCAGGGAUAAACUUUCAGUACUUCACACAACGAAGUAUGACGCAGCCCGCACGCUGGAGGUGGCAUUCCCUGGAGCGAACAUCCCGUUCCCCUUCGACCAAGUGCCGCUGCAUUUCCUUAUCCCAGUGAUGGAAACGGAGCGGAGAAAGUUUGAGGGUGAUGGCAUUAUGGACUGCUUUAAAGGUCACGAAGGCUGGGAUUAUUCUAAGCUCGAUCUAGACCGGAUGCGGGAUGCUCUGAACCAACUUCCGCCCGAACAAAUUUGCAGUUUUAUCGAGACCAAAGCUAAGAAGCUGUGUACUCUGCGAGAGCAAACGCCACCGCUCGUGCAAUGGAAGGAGGAUAAUAAAGCGGCUCGCGCGGAUGAACGGCAGAAUGCGCAAAAAAUGAGAUAUGAGAGUAUCCGGACCAAGCUCAUUGAGUUAGGCUGGGCCGACGAGCUGGAAAGUGUGGACGCUCUGAAACUCGCAUCACAUCCCUUGGUGAUGCAGCCAAAGCCGCUCACAGACAGAAUCUGGAAGAAUAUCAAGCCCCAGCUAGUCAAUUUCAUGGUUGGCCUGCAGCAGGAUCGACUCUGUCGGGAACGCAGGUCUGUGAUCUGGUCUAGACUGCAGACGAUGCGGAACGCCAUUACUGCCAUCAUGUUCCUCAACGAGGACGGACCGUCCCAUUAUCAGAUUGCUAUUGGUAUCCCUCGGAUCCAAAUCACGCUCAAAUUACCUUCAGCCACUGUCGUCACUACAGAGAGCUUCAGCUUCUUGGAGUCGGAGCUUCCCGCUUUCGAUGCCAAAUGGAAGAAUGACGCGCGUGGAUAUCUCUCUAGCCUCAUCAGGGCCAAGGUGAAGAUUGCCAAGUCUACGGAUCCACUCUCCUUGGCGAUAGCUAGCAUGUUCAAGUGCGCCCUCUGCGGCAACCGCUUGCAUUAUCAAACCUUGCUUUCGCACAAGUGCUACCGGUGUCCGAAACCUGUGUUCGCGGAACGUGAUUACUGCAAGGAGCUCAUUGCUGAAAGCCUGGUCGCCCGCCGCUGCGUGGUCCAUGGUUUCGAGGACGAGGUAGAGACGCUUCAGCGUGUUUACGCCUAA